AAAAGGCUGCCGCGUUGCUGCGACACAGUCCCUCAGUGGGCGGUGGCAACCGAUCACGUGACAAAUGUCGUCAGCGUUGCCGCCAUGCGGCUUCGGAGACUGACGGUGUUGUUAGGUUUGAUCGGGAGCAGAGGACCGUUAAGAAGUAUGUGUGCGCAGGUGGGAGACUGGCAGAGCGCCAAGUCAAUAUACGAGUUCUCUGCCAAGGAUAUUGAUGGCAAUGAGGUGUCUCUUGAGAAAUACAGAGGGUAUGUGUGUAUCAUUGUAAAUGUAGCCUCUAAAUGAGGAAAGACCAGGGUAAACUACACUCAGCUAGCGGGAAUGCACGCCUCCUAUGCUGAGAAGGGUUUACGCAUCCUGGGCUUCCCAUGCAACCAGUUUGGAGGACAGGAGCCAGGCACUGAAGCAGAGAUUAAAGAGUUUGCCAAAGGUUACAAUGCUGAGUUUGAUCUCUUCAGUAAGAUUGAGGUGAAUGGAGACAAUGCUCACCCUCUGUGGAAGUGGAUGAAGGCACAGCCUAAAGGAAAGGGAACAUUUGGAAAUAACAUCAAAUGGAACUUCACUAAGUUUCUGAUUAAUAGAGAGGGACAAGUAGUGAAGAGAUAUGGUCCAACAGAUGAUCCCAGUGUUGUGGAGAAGGACCUGCCUACGUACCUGUAGUACUUCUGUCACCUAUGUGUUUGACUCCCAAUCUCUCACAUGGACUCGAGGGUAUUGGUGGUGGUGUGUCUGGACGAGUGAUGGCCUGUCUGUAAACCCAAUAUUGGGCAGGGCAGGCCUGAUGAUCCUCAGCGUGCAACUAACCUCCAGAACCGACCCACACAAAACCCACAGGACCAUAUGAGAGAACAUUCACUAGUUUUCCAAAGUAUAGGCACUUCACGUUUUACGUCAAAGUCAGAACAGCCAUUCCUUUUUCUACUACCAGCACCAUCUAGUCCUUUCUGAAUGUUAAGUGACAAAUUUGCUUAUCUGUUAAUGUCAGUUAUAUUUAAGGACAUAAAUUUCACAUUUCUGAAAAACUACUGAUAAUCUUAUUUGCAGUUAACUUGCUGUAGAGGCCGUUAAUGUCUGUAAUUCAUGACGUGUGAUGAAACUGGAAAAUAAAUACUGUCCUGAACAUUUA